AUUGCGCUACCACAAUCUUCGGAUCCACAUCGUAGUAAAAAUGGUCGGAAUUUGGUUUCUCCUCGCAGCAGUCUUCCAGGUCCAGGGCCUGCGUUGAUUGGUACUGGCGAAGAUAUGAAGUUGUACACUAAAGGUUAUUCUGAAAGAAAGUGGGAUGGUCCUCUUCGAAGUUCAUGCUGUAUGAUGAGAAUUGCAGUUAUGCCUGACGGUAGCUUACUUGGAGUCGGUGAAGACAAUCAACUAUAUACUAAGACGUCAAUUUAUUCUGGCAAUUGGAAGGUCGUUGAGGGCAGUUGCUGCAUUCAGGAUGUGGCCGUGAAGCAGGACGGUACAAUCAUCGCUGUAUCCUCAGCCACAGGUACAAAACUGAUGACUCGUCCCGAUUUGAACAGUGAAUGGACAACCAGCCGUAAAUUCAACGAUGUUGUCCGCAUCGAUGUACUGCCAGACGGCACAGUUUUAGGUGUCACUAAAACUGGAGGACUCAAGCGACGUGUUGGUGGAUUUGAUGGUACAUGGCAAUACCAGAAUAGUUUUGGUAUGAAAGCAGACGACAUUUCAAUUCAACCUGACGGAAUCGUACUAGGUAUUGAAAAAGGCGGAUGUGGUGUUCACGCCCUUGACUUAGAGACUGGUAAAUGGGGAGAACAAUUACCUGAAUCUGAAUGUGUAACAGCUAUUGCGUCUCCUGGCAAUUUGAUAUUCCCUGAGGCGACUGAAGAACCAACAACUGUUGAACCCACAGAAGCACCAACCGAGGCCCCAACAGAUGCACCAACGGAGGCCCCAACAGAUGCACCAACGGAGGCUCCAACAGAUGCACCGCCACCACCACCACCACCUUCGAAAUAUCAAGUUUUUACUGACUUAGUAAAAAACAGAGAUGCUUACGGGGAAUGCUAUAAAAGAGGUAUGAUGCUUGCUGUCCCACAUGAUAAGAGUGCAUAUAAUGACAUAGUUAAUGCAAUCAAAGCCAAGGGGACACUGGAUGCAAAACGUUUCUGGUUUGGUAUAAGAUCAAUCGAUGGAGAAAUUAAAACAAUUUAUGGAAGUAACGCUUACUACCGAGCAUUUGCACCUAACGAGCCCAGCGGUGAUGGCGGCUGUAUCAGUCUUUCGGUGGAAAAAGAUUAUAAGUACGACGAUGUCACCUGUGGGAGCCAGGGUAUGUCCGUAUGCGAACCCCUAGAAAUUGAUCCUACCGAGAAGCCAACCAUGAACCUACAUCAUGACAAACAAAGCACGUCACCCUAUCUCAGGUGA